AUGCCUACAUAUCCAGCUACUUCAAUCAUUUCUAGCCACCGUCAUGCAGCACCAUCGGGACCCUGGCCGUGGGUGGACUUUGACACCGACUCAGACAUUACGCUCAAUCAUGACAACACACCAGCCUCACCUGGCACAGCUGACCAGUCAUGGCGCGGAUACCCUGAGGCUCUCUUUGGAAAUUGGAAGCCGGAUCAAGUGAAGCGGAGCAAGAUGCUUAGCAACUCUCCGGAGCUUGGCAAGUGCUCGGCGCACUGGUUGGAUGUUCUAACGAACGGGGCUUUUACGAUUCUGGAUGAGGAGGGACAAGAUCAAACAAGUACAAUAGCACCUGAACGUAUAAAUGAGUUUUGGGCGCUGUUGCAGACGCCUGUGAGUUGCUCUCUUUUCGAGCGACCUGCGAACAUCCGUGUUCGUGCAUUGUUCGUAGAUAAUAUUUCCUCGACUGUGUUGCGGAUGCUUGGAACAAGGUAUAAUAUUGAACCAUUCUUCUUUACUUCAUCCGUAAAUUGGAUACCCUCGCAUUACCAAGAGGAAGUUCGGUCGGGCAAGGGUGAUCAUAUCACGAUUACGCUUCAAUUCAUGCGGACGAUGCAAAAUCCAGUCACUCGACCAUCAACACCAACAGCCGAAACACCGAGUUCAUUGAGAUCUAUACCCUUACAGUACAUAUCGACGGUGCUUCUUCAAGACGAACUUCAAGUCAUUAAUACACAAGCACCACUCGCUCUCAGAUGUAAUUACGUAGGUGGCAACAUUGUUCUCCCCGACCUCCUCGCGAUACAUAUGGUACGAUCCGAGGAAUCGAGCACGAUCAUAUCAUAUCAUCCAAGCUCUGGUUACCGUCGUCCUCCUGCAAAGCGGCUACACUCCAUUGUCUACCGUGCGGGACAGAGUGUAUAUUGGCAGAAAAUCUUCACCCAAUCCAAGGACCCCACGUUUUUGUUGCUAGCUAUCUUGUGGUAUCCUCUCUAUUCAUGGGACCAGGCAUUUGACGCGCUCUACACUCAUAUCAAUUGGCUGGAAUCUCAAGUGCUGUUGACUAAUAAGAUCGAUCUGACUCGUGAACUUCAUAUCAUACAAGCACACCUCCUAAACCAUCAGUCACUUCUCCAAGACUUCCAGAAAUCCGUCGAGUUCCUUCAAAAGACCCCGAAUCCCGCUAUGCACUCCGAUAGCGAACGUGAGGACUCCAUGAAUCUCAUGGAAAGGGAGUGUGGGAAUCUACUCUCCGAGAUUGCGAGAUUGGAGAGCAGGCGAUUGAUGCAGAUCAGUAGGCUGAAGAACGUGAUGGACCUGGCGUUUGCGAUUGUCAAUAUGGGGGACAGUAAGCAUAUGAGGGAACUGACGGAGGUCACCGUCCGAGAUUCAGCUGCAAUGAAACAGAUCUCCUACCUCACGAUGAUAUUCCUUCCGGCUUCCUUCACUGCAGGCGUGUUCGGGAUGAAUGUCAAUGAAGUCACCGGGCAGCAAGGACAAGAGACGCUCGUCCAUUACGUUGCGACGGCAUUGGCGCUCACAUGCGCUACUUCCUGGCUCAUGGUGGCCUGUCAUUCGCACAGUCCUUUUAUUUCCGAUGAUAGCACUUUGGUGCAGCGUGUUAUGUGGCCGAUGUUUUAUAUCUUCAAGCAGUUCAAAGGCAAAUGGAGAGGGAAAUCACUAAAGAAUUUUCAGGAUAUUAUACACCCGGAUCAUGUCGGUGCGCACCCGUUACCAGAGAACAUGGGAAGAUGUGAUACUGUGAUCAUCUAUGGACAAAUAGGAGGAGCGCGAAAGCUCCGUCCUCAGCGGGCCAGUGAGUUCUUGAGCAUGUCUGUCAAGCGUGCACGUAGUCACUAUGUUGGACUGGAGCGCGUUCGAAGACACGUCAAAGGAUCUAUGACUGCGAGGGUUCCAUCUGUAUAUCGACAUGCGGCACCAUCGGGACCAUGGCCAUGGAUGGACUUCGAAGUAGAUUCUACGGCCUCUACGACUGCCAUUGAUCCAUCCUGGCGGGGGUACCCUCAAAACCAGUUCGGGAACUGGACACCAGACCAAGUAGGCCGUAGCAAGAUGAUGGAGAAGUGUCAGGUGAAUAAGACUAGCACCAUUUACUGGAUGGAUGUGCGCAACAACGGGAGUUUUGCAAGCUCAGAUAUCGGAGGAAAGGGUAAUAUUACAGUAGUGGGACCUGAACAUGAACCUGAGGAUGGGUUUUGGGAUAUAUUACAGGGGGAACGUCCAGACGAUAUCCGAGUGCGAUCGAUAUUUGUAGACGACUUAACCCCGUCAGUCUUGCGCAUGCUGGGCACAAGAUACAACAUCGAACCAUUUUUUUUCACAUCCUCCAUAAAUUGGAUACCCUCACGAUACCAGGAAGCGCCUAUCUAUAACAAAGGAGAUCGCAAGUUCAAAUCUUCCAUUUUGCACAUUACUGUUACCCUGCCAUUUGUACGAACGCUGCGCAAAGAUUUUCGAUCAACACCCACCUCUCUAACAUUACCAUCGAACUCCAGGAGCUCCUUUCCCUAUGAGUGGUAUGUGCAUAAAGGUCCUUAUAUUCAUAUUCCAACGUCCUUCCUAGAUGGCAACAUGCUUUUUAUCGACCUCCUCGCAAUUCACAUGGUCCGCGGCGUAAAGACGAGCACCGUCAUCUCCUACCAUCCCGAGUCUACGUGGUGUCGGACAUCCGCGAAGCGCCUCUACUCGCUCAUGCAGCUCGUGGGGGCCAGUGUGUACUGGCAAAAACUAUUCGACAAGUCAAAAGACCCGACUUUCCUCUUCCUCGCGAUUUUGUGGUAUGCAUUAUAUGCAUGGGAUGAGUCCUUUGAGCUGUUGUACAAGCAUCUUAGUGAACUGGAGUCGAGAGUACUCCAAACGAAUAACAUGGAGCUCACGCGCGAACUUCAUAUCCUCCAGGCGCAUCUCUUACAGUAUCAAUCACUGCUUCAUAACUUUGAGGUAUCAGUACAAUUUAUCGCGAAGACCCACAAUCCGGCCAUGGACUCUAGUAACUUCUCCCCUGAAGAGCGCAAAGAGUCAAAGAAACUUAUGGAGAUGGAGUCUCAAAAUCUACUCAGCGAAAUAGAUCGUCUAGAAAGGCGACGUGCGAUGCUGGGAAACCGACUGAAGAAUGUGAUGGACCUUGCUUUCGCAACUGUCAAUAUCUACGACAGUAGACAAACGCGAGAACUGACAGAGGCGACGGUCAGAGACUCGGCAGCUAUGAAACAGAUCUCAUACCUCACGAUGGUCUUCCUGCCGGCCAGCUUCUUAGCCUCUGUGUUCGGAAUGAACGUCGUAGAGUUCAAUUCAGGAUCUCUACAGACGCUCGGUCGCUACGUCGAGGUCACCGUUUCGCUCACGCUCUUCACAAUUUACAUCGUCGUCACGCUUCAGACGUAUAGCUCAUUCCACGACCACAAUGCUCCAUUCCUGAGACGUGCAGUGUGGCCAAUUCUUACUUUAUGGAAGAUCAUGCAUAGUAAGAGAAGGGAGAAGACGAGGAAAGACAUGGUGUGA